UUGACGUGUACACAUCGAAGCGCUAUCUAUAACUUACUGUAACCAUAUUUCUUAACCUAUAAUCAUUACCGCCUUGCAAAUAUAAGACGGUUCGAUCAUUUUGGAAGAUAUUCUUAAAUGCAAACGUUCUUUUACUAUUAAUUAAAAUGGGUGGUGUUGAAAAUACUGGAAUCAAAAUCAAUAAAUGGGAUGGAUCUGCUGUAAAGAAUGCAUUAGAUGAUGCAGUAAAGGAUGUUCUUACAAAAAAAUAUAAUUACAUAGAAAACUUUGCUCUUCUUGAUGGAAGACUGGCACUCUGUGGAAUCGCAGUGAUAAUAGCUAUAAUCGCAUUGCUUUUUGACUACUUAUAUCCAUUCCCAGCAUCUAAACCUGUUUUGAUAGUUUGCGUAUCAUUAUAUUUUGUUUUGAUGGGACUUUUAACUCUUUAUACGACUUAUAAAGAAAAAGGAAUAUUUGUUGUUGCUAUUCAAAGGGAUCCUGCGGGUUUCAAUCCUGAUCUCAUAUGGGAAGCAAGUUCAUAUAUGAAAAAGUAUGAUGAUAAAUAUAGUCUCGUAUUGUCUGUUAGAAGUCCUUCCUCAGGAAUUACUAAUGAAACUACAGUAACAAAAUCCGUUGCAAAUUUCAUUGAUGUGAAUGGUGUAGUAAUACCAGAAUUAAUAGAAGCUGUUGUAACAGACAUGCAUGACAGUAUAACACGUCAGCGCAAAGAAAAGUAGAUUAUGAUUAUAUAAAAGUAUAUGAUUUUUAUUUUAAACAUACACUUCAAACAAUUUAUAUCAUUAAUUUCAUUUAUAUAUGUGCGAUACAUUAGAAAAAAAUAAAAAUAUUUGUUAAAACUUUGUGUUUAUAAAAAGUAAAAUAUAAACACAACAGAUAAUUCUUUAAGACA